AUGCGAGACCCCGCCGCGCCUGCUCAACAGGCACCUCAUCCUCCCCGACGCACUUCGCGUCUGUUUACGUUGGCGCUGAACCAAGCCCUCAUCCGGCGGCUGGCGUCGCCGCCAUCCAAUUCGAAUUACUUCUCGGCACGAUUCUCCUCCUCAAUCGCAAGGGCGUCCGUCAUGCUCUAUUACGCACCCCCCAAGAGCGCAGAGAACACGGGCACAACACCACCUUCUCUAGGUGUCGCGUUGGCGAACCUCGCGUUGGUUCCACUGUUACUCAGCCUGCCAUUGACGGUCAUAGCUGCAGUCGGAUACACAGCUUGCGCACCUACGGAUAUCAAGUUCAGCCUGGAUUCCGGGGACGGUUACGAUGUACGCGUUGGCUGUGUUGUUGGAGCUGGCUUCUCCGUCAUCGAGCUGAAAACUGCCGUGCGUGUCCGUGCCAAAGGCCUUGGAGUUGGCGCCAAGUCGCUCAUGACCUUUCUCAUCCUCUUUUAUGACUCCAGACUGUCCACCAAACCGCCUGGUUACUUCGCCCUCUUUGCCUUCGCUGGCGGCCAGAUGGCAUAUAGUAUCGUGCUCUUUGUGACGGACGCGUACUCGUACCCAGACACCUUAUCCCGAUUUCGCUUGAUGAAGUUAUGGUGCGCUCUUCGUCGAAACUCUGUGGGAGCCUACUUCGAUCUUCCUCUCCUCAAGCUUUCGAUGAUUCUCAACGAGCAAUUUGUUCUCAAGCACAUUCUCACCGAAGGAGACAAAGUCGUCCUUUCGUGCUAUAGCCCCAUGGCUGAGCAGGGAGGGUAUGCUCUCGCUGCAAAUUACGGCUCUUUAAUCGCCCGACUAGUUUUUCAACCUAUCGAAGAAACUUCGCGUGUCUUCUUCGCAAAGACGCUCUCCGCGACCCCGGGCCAAUCUGCGCCGAAGACCAUCAAAGAUGAAUCGGCAUCAGAUGAGCAGCAAAACUCGAUCUCUCUCCCUGCUCUCAAGCAAGCGGCGGCAUUCCUGUCGAGCAUCCUCCAAACGCAACUAUUUCUUGCCAUGCCGAUCAUCGCUUUUGGGCACGUGUACCUUCCGAUCGUACUCUCCUUCCUCCUUCCUGCACGCUUCCUCGCAACGAGCGCCCCGCAACGCCUUUAUGCCUGGGUAUACUACCUUCCCGUCUUCGCCGUCAACGGGGUUCUGGAAGCCUUCGUGGCAGGGACAGCCACAGCCAGGGAUGUCGUCAAAUAA